GCGCAGCUACGGGGCCGCGCGUGCGGGGGAGGGGGUCCCGCGGGGAGGAGGCGGCGGCGGACGGCGCAGCACGGCGGCGGCGUCUUUAAAUCCGGCGGUGGCCAGGGCCCCCCUCGGUAACGGCCGUCGCGGCCGAGCUCGCCGUGGGCUCGUCACCGGCCCGCUUCGGGGCAGCGCGCCGCCCGGAGCGGCGGGAGAGAGCUGCCCGUCGGCCGAGCGCCUGGCAGCGGGGCUCCCCGGUGGCUCCCCUCGGCCCGUGCCCUCGCGGCGCCGGGAGGUGCCUCAGGCCCAGCACUGGGGGUUUGUCACCCAGCGGCUGCGUGGGGUGCCCGGGGGCGGCCUUCGGGCUGUGGGCCCCCGCGGCCGGCAGCCCUCCAAGCAGAGUGUCGGGAGGGCACUGCUUAAGCUCCAAAGGGCGUCCUUGUUGGGCUUGGCUUAGGACAGGUGUUGCUUCCCCUAGGUCCGUACUGCCCGGCCAGGUGGCCGUUCCUGGGGUUUUUGCAUCUAACAAGCCCUGUUUCUGGAAUCUUACAACUGGGGAGACUGCCUAAACUACGUGUGGGUUGACUCAAGUAAGGGGAAACCCCAAGAGCAGGCAACUGCGCUCUGCUGCCUGGGGAGCAAGAAGAACUCGCAGGAGAGCUAGCCUUGUGCUUGCAUUUUAAGGCCACCAUGGUGCUUUCCUCUGUGGUCUGUCAUCAUGCUGUUUGGAGUCACUGGACUCAGCCAAGGUGGCUGAUGAACUUUCAUAGGAGGACCGUGGUACAGUGGAGCACAGCUCCUGCCCUUAAGCGGACACUUAAGCAGAAGAAACCAGUGUUGAUGCCAUGGGGCGUGAGUCCUCAGAGCAGGAGGGCUCUCCAUCCAGCCUCCCUCAGCCUCCAGGAGGUCAUGCUGACCAGUGAGCGUUACAACGUGCAGCGCCUGCCCUUCUCCCAUGUUUCCAAUGAUGACAUAGCUUUCUUUGAGCGCAUAAUGCCUGGGAGAGUCAUCACAAAUCCAGAAGAAUUGAAACCAUUUAAUGUGGACUGGCUUAAAUCAGUCCGAGGCUGUAGUAAGCUGUUGUUGAAGCCACAGACAGCAGCAGAGGUAUCUCAGGUUCUCAGGUACUGCUGUGAGAGGAACUUGGCCGUAAACCCACAAGGAGGUAACACAGGCCUUGUUGGGGGCAGUGUUCCUGUCUUCGACGAGAUCAUUCUCUCCACGGUUCUCAUGAGCCAGAUCAUCAGCUUUGACAAGGUGUCUGGAAUCCUUGUGUGCCAAGCUGGCUGCAUCUUAGAGAACCUGAACCAGUACCUGGAGGAGAAGGGCUUUAUCAUGCCACUUGACUUGGGAGCAAAAGGUAGCUGUCACAUUGGUGGUAAUGUGGCCACAAAUGCCGGAGGCUUACGGCUCUUGAGAUAUGGCUCUCUCCGAGGGACAGUGCUAGGACUGGAAGUGGUGCUGGCUGAUGGCUCGGUUCUGGACUGCUUGGCAUCUCUGCGCAAGGAUAACACUGGCUAUGACUUGAAGCAGCUUUUUAUUGGAUCUGAGGGAACCUUGGGAAUUAUCACUGCUGUCUCCAUACUCUGUCCUCAGAAACCUAAGGCUGUGAAUCUGGCAUUCCUAGGGUGUCAGAGUUUCACUCAGGUUCUGAAAACAUUUACAACCUGCAGAGCCAUGCUGGGAGAGGUCUUAUCUGCAUAUGAGUUCAUGGAUGAUAAGUGCAUGGAACUGGUCAAGAGACACCUUAAGCUCUCCAGUCCAGUAACAGAGAGCCCUUUUUAUGUUUUAAUUGAAACUUCGGGCUCCAAUUCGACCCACGAUGAAGAAAAACUGAACAACUUCCUAGAACAAGUUAUGACUUCUGGUUUGGUCACUGAUGGAACUGUGGCAACAGAUGAAAAGAAAAUCAAGAUGCUCUGGAGCCUGCGGGAGAGGAUCACGGAGGCCCUCACUCAUGACGGUUAUGUUUACAAAUACGACAUCUCACUCCCCGUGGGGAAGCUGUAUGAUCUCGUGACUGACACCAGGGCUCGGCUGGGCCAGUCUGCCAAAAAUGUGGUGGGCUAUGGCCAUCUGGGAGAUGGAAACUUGCACUUGAACGUCACAGCGGAAUCCUACAGCCAUUCCCUGCUGGAUGCCAUUGAACCAUUUGUGUAUGAGUGGACUGCAAGAUGCAAUGGCAGUAUCAGUGCAGAGCACGGAUUGGGUUUCAAGAAAAAGUGCUUCAUUCAGUACAGCAAACCCAAGGAAGCAGUCUUUCUAAUGCAGCGUUUCAAAGCCAUGUUAGACCCCAAAGGGAUUCUCAAUCCAUAUAAGACACUGCCUUCCAAUUCCUGAGAACAACACGUUCUGAGAGCUGAGCAGAUACCAUCACAUGAUGACUGCAUCUCUAGCUCAGCCACAGUCAAAUCGAUGGAUCAAACAAGCACAUGAAAUGCUCCUUGGCUUAUUUCUUUAGGGUAAUGAAACAAGUAAAGAAACAUGGUGUCUGCUCUUUCAAAAGAAGAGUGCAUUCAUGUUUUUGACUGUGUGGGUUUUCUGUUUAAUCCGAACACUCAAACUAAGCGUACAGACUUCUUUUAAAGUCUUACCUCUCACCUGAUGUUUAGAGUUGGUUUCUGCCUCCAUCCAGGCAGUAGAAGAGUCCUUGAAGAGUCCUUACAUCUCUCAGGCUCUGGUGAUUAUUGUUUCUCUUUCUUUUCAGUUUCAUUGCUACAUACGUUCUGCAUCCAAGAGGUGAGGGGAAGAUGGGAGCAGCCUAUAGCAUGUCUUUGACCUUCUCUGUUGUCUAUAUAAUAGUCAUGUAAUAUGUAAUUAUGUAGUGUUCAGGCAGAAGGGCCAACAUAAAACUUCACAGCUUGGAAUCUGUAGUUUAUUGCAGCCUGCAGACUUGGGUAUUAGAUUUGGGAGUGUAGCUGAGUUUGAAAAAUAGAAGAUUAAAUUCAGGGGACUCUCCUUCCUUUUCUCUUAUCCUUUCACCCUUCCCCUCUGCAUAUGGCAUUCUUCUGGCAAAAGAGGCUUAGUAGCAAGCAUUACUUUUGGGGAGCAAGGGACCUUUUGGGUUUUAUGUUGCCUUUGUCUGGUAUUACCAGCAGAAUUACGGCAGUAGGGUCCCUGAUCCUAAACCUAGAGCUACUUACCACCCUGCUGCUCACCAGUGUAUUUGGGAGAGGUAGGCAAGGCAAUAUCAAGGUUUAUGGCACAUGACUGGAGUCAGAGCUAGCUGACAGCAGCAGUGCCCUUGCUAAUGUGCAGUGUUUGAGGCGUCUUUACAGCAUCUGACCUGCUAAUGCCAAGGCAGGCCUUUUGUUUCUGUUAGCAUUUGAGAUCCCACUCUACGUACUCUUGCCCUAUUACUAUAAGUGCACUACAGUGUUUUUUUUUUUUUUUAAUGAAUGUGACUGUCACACACCAACAUAAAAAGUUUUAUAAAUCUGAGUCCACAGAGAUCUGAAGAGGAUUUUUUCAGUUUUGUUUUGGGAGCAGAGCAGGUCAGGGCUAUCCAGCCAGAUGCAUAUGUCCUUACAGCAGGAUUCUGUUCCUGAGAUCCUCCACCAAUUUAACUUUUAUGUACUCAUCUUAUGGACAGGUAUUUCCAGCUCCUGGAUGUUGGUCUUAGCCUUCCCUUAAAUUUUGAUGAUGAAGAUUGUAUUGUAGCAUUACGAGUGGGAAUAGGCAAGCGAUAGGAAUAGUGCUUGAUAUCAUAUAGCAGUAAUGGGCCUUGAGGGGUAAUUAAGAGAACUGUUAGCUACCUGACAGGUACUGUUCACACCAUUACACCAACAGGCAGAAGUCAAAAGUGGCAUGACAUAUGAACUGGCCAUGCAAGGCAAGGGCUGUACAGGUUGUGCCAUGUGUAUAUUUGGCCAUGGUAAUGUAUUCUGUUGCUUAACCUAAAGUGCAAUGCAGCUGUAAUCUUCUAUUUCAAGACAAACAUAUUUAAACCUAACAGAGAAUCAGAAGCGCAGUAGAAACUUUAUGCAUCAGGAGUUUUGAUUUUGAUUGCUUAUGUUAUUGUGGAUAUCUUUGAACUAUUAAUUUAUAAGACCACGUAAUGCUGUCUUUCAGAAGUACCUUUCUACAAAUAAAGAUCUCUUCACGUUUUGAA